CACCACCCCCAGGAGCCCCAUGGGCUCACACAGGGCAGCAGCCCUUGGGCACAGGGGCAGUGCCCUCGGCAGUGCUUGCAUCCCCUCAGCAGUGCCUGCAGCCUGGGACCCCUUCCCUGUGACCCACAUCCUGCACUGUAUCCACGUCUCGCUCCCAGCAAUACCCCAAGCCUGGCUCCCUUGGGUACCCCUGUUCAGGGCAGAGGUCCACCUGGUCGGGUGGGCCACACUGGAACUUCUGGGGGCCCUCAUGCCUCCCCACCAUGCCUCGGGUGCAGCUGGAGUUAAAGGUCCCACAGGCUGCACCGUAGCAGCCUGGCCCUGGUGUCCCUUGGUGUUGGGAGCACAGCUGGGAUGGGCACCCUGGGUCCCUGUGCCCCCAGUGUCAGGGUGUGGGUGGGAUGGAUGCCCUGGAUCCCAGUGCCCCUGGUGUGGGGUUGGGGUGCCCCGGGGUGCUGGUGUGACCCCUGUCUCUUAGCAGCUGGGGCAUGGCCGUCAAUGUGUACUCAACGUCGGUGACCAGCGAGAACCUGAGCCGCCAUGACAUGCUGGCCUGGGUCAACGACUCCCUGCAGCUCAACUACACCAAGAUCGAGCAGCUCUGCUCAGGGGCUGCGUAUUGCCAGUUCAUGGACAUGCUGUUCCCCGGCUGCGUGCACCUGCGGAAGGUGAAGUUCCAGGCCAAGCUGGAGCACGAGUACAUCCACAACUUCAAGGUGCUGCAGGCCGCCUUCAAGAAGAUGGGAGUGGACAAAAUCAUCGCGGUGGAGCGGCUGGUGAAGGGCAAGUUCCAGGACAAUUUUGAGUUCAUCCAGUGGUUCAAGAAAUUCUUUGACGCCAACUACGACGGGAAGGAGUACAACCCGCUGCUGGCGCGGCAGGGCCAGGACGUCGCGCCCCCCCCUAACCCAGGUGAUCACAUCUACAACAAACCCAAGAAACCCAUUGGCACUGCAGUCCCCCAGAGGACCUCCCCCACAGGCCCCAAGAACACCCCGAACCCAGCCCGCCUCGGCAACGUGCCCAGCGGCAUCCUACGGAAAAACUCGCCUGCCACCCGCAAUGGCGGCCCCGAGGCUGACGCGCAGAUCCUGGAGCUCAACCAGCAGCUGAUGGACCUGAAGCUGACAGUGGACGGGCUGGAGAAGGAGCGGGAUUUCUACUUCAGCAAACUGCGGGACAUUGAGCUCAUCUGCCAGGAGCACGAGAACGAGAACAGCCCCAUCAUCACCGGCAUCGUCAGUGUCCUCUACGCCACAGAGGAGGGCUUUGCCCCACCAGAGGACGACGAGCUGGAGGAGCAGCCGCCAGAGGACCAGGACGAGUACUAGCCCCGGCCUGCGCCCGCGCCCCCCGCGCCGCCCCCCACCAUAGACAUUGAGGUUCGAGCCCGCGCCUCGCCCUGCACUGUCACACGCCAUCGCCGUCGCCAGCAGCUCCAGGGGGAAGCCACCAUCUCCAUAACUGGCUGACAUCCCUCGGGCGAGGAGCGCGGCUGCGCUGGGGGCUGGGGCUGGGGCUGGGGAUGGGCUCUGUCCCCGUGCUGGGGCCUGGCCCGCGCCACCCCCUCCCCAUAUUUAUUUCUGUUGUCCCCCCCGGUGUGAGCGAGUGCCACAUCCGCCCUGGUGUCCUGCCUGCCCAUGGUGACAGUGAAAAAAACACCGAGUCCUUGGGGGCUGGCCUGGGGUGCCGUGUACUGCUCACCUUGCUGGGACCCUCCAGGCCCCAGGACCCCUACGGUGGAGUGAGUGCCGGCCUGGCAGCCUGUUGGAGUGGGACGCCACAGAACAGAGGAGAGAGAUGCUGGUUCAGGUUCCUGGGAAGAUGAGAAGGAAGCCCCAGGCCAACGCGGCCAUGGCAGCAGAGAGGGCACCUGCAGCCACGGGGGUCCCGGAGAGGGAGCCUGUCCUCACUACAGCAUGGAAUGGCAGUGGGCCCUCUCCUCUCGCCCGUGGCCCCCACGGAGCCGGGGCUGGGGUGGGUCACCGUGAGGGCUCGCAGCGCCCACCCGCCCUGGCUGCCAUGUCCCUGUCGCAUCGCUUGUCUGGUCCAUCACUCCGGUCGCAACGCUGCAUCUGUGUUCGGUUUUAUUUAAAUAAACUCGUGUGGUAACA